AUGGCUCAAACUCUUAAAUUGUCCGCACCUCUUGCUACUGGUUUGAUUCUUGUUUCAUGCUGCCCUGGAGGCCAGGCAUCAAAUGUUGCAACCUAUAUAUCAAAAGGAAAUGUUGCACUCUCAAUUCUUAUGACAACGUGUUCAACCAUUGGAGCUAUCAUUAUGACUCCACUUCUCACUAAGCUUCUAGCUGGCCAACUGGUCCCUGUUGAUGCAGCUGGUCUGGCUCUGAGCACUUUCCAGGUUGUCUUGGUACCAACAAUUAUUGGAGUACUGGCGAACGAAUUUUUCCCCAAGUUUACUGCAAAGAUUAUCACAAUAACACCUCUGAUUGGAGUGAUCCUCACUACCUUGUUUUGUGCCAGUCCUAUUGGACAAGUUGCAGGUGUCCUGAAAGCACAAGGACCACAGCUGAUUUUGCCAGUUGCACUCUUGCAUGCUGCUGCAUUUGCAAUUGGUUACCUUAUCUCCAAAUUAUCAUUCGGUGAAUCCACUUCUCGUACUAUAUCUAUAGAAUGUGGAAUGCAGAGUUCUGCACUCGGGUUUCUGCUGGCUCAAAAACAUUUCACAAACCCACUUCUUGUUGUCCCUUCUGCUGUGAGCGUGGUUUUCAUGGCGGUCGGUGGUAGUGCUCUCGCUGUUUACUGGAGAAACAUGCCCAUUCCGGUUGAUAACAAGGAUGAUUUCAAGGAAUAGAGAAAUAUAUCUCAAUAUAAAUCAUAGGAGUCUUUUUCUUUGCCGAAAAUGGCCAAAUCUAGGAGCCAUUGUUUUCCACAUUCCAUUAUUUAUUC